AUGCAUCUCUACUUAAAAGAGGAGCCUCGCACAUUGCUUCUUGUUACCAGCUCACGGGAAGAGUCUCAGGGAAGACCACAGAGAGUCCUUAUUUUUCGUGCCGUGGAAAGCAAUUCCUCUCAAGCCGUUGUGGAAUUCCUGCCAAAAAAGGAGGUCGAUUUGUCGAAUGCGGUACGCUUAACAAGUCGCAUAGUCAAGGGCUGCUUGGGCCUUAUAUCCGUCGGGAGAGACGUGUUCUUGGCUGUCGUGACGUCAGCAUCUAACAUGGGGAAUGCACGUCCAUCUGCCUCAAGCCCAGAAAAUGUGGCGAAGAUACACGAGGUGAUAUUCUAUAGCUUGACGUCGUCAAUCUGGGACGAUUUCUCCGCUAUGGGAGAAUCCAUUCCCAGCCCCUCAUUUGCCGAUCAGGCUGAUACCGUGCCCACAAACUAUCAGACCGGUCCUUCUGGCCAACCUCCUCUUCUAGAACACCCGUGUAUGCCCCUCACGAAGAUCUUGUCGUCAGGAUCGUUUUACUACGCCCUUGGUCCGCACUGGGAUCUCUCAUCUAGAUUGUUGGAUCGGAUUUCAAGAGGCCAGGGCGAGAAACGUGACAUUGGCUCGUUUGACGAGCGUUUCGUGUGGAAUGAGUAUAUCGUCCGGAGCCUGCUCGACUUCAGGGAACGGUUAGACAUUCAAGAGCGUGAGGAGUUGGAUCAAUGCCAGUUCAUCGUCCUCGCAAUUCAAGGAUACGUUGGAGUUUUCACUCUUGCACUGCCGGCGCCUCCGACAGAUGGCACACCAACUGUUGCCACUGUAUGCCUAAUUUCACGCCUAGGGUGGAAGCGCGCCGGAACACGAUUCAACACUCGGGGAGUCGAUGACGAUGGAAACUGUGCUAAUUUUGUUGAGACUGAGACUGUCUUGACCACAGAUCAGCAUUGCUUCAGCUAUGUACAAAUUCGUGGAAGCGUUCCCUUAUUCUGGGAACAGCAAGGAUUGCAGACUUUUGGUCAGCGCAUCCAGAUAACGCGCCCUCAUGCAUCACAGCCCGCAUUUGAGAGACAUUUUGCUCAGCUCACAGAAGAAUACGGUUCAGUCAACGUCAUCAAUCUAUUGGGAAGCAAGGACCACGAGGCAAGCUUGACUGCGGCGUAUGCUAGGCAUAUUCAAGUAGCUAAAAGCGUAUGGGGGGACGAUGUUGGGAUUACUCACUUCGACUUCCAUAAUGCGGUAAGGAUUGGGGGCCACGACAGCGUUGUACGGGAUUUGAGACGGCUGGAGAGCGUAUCUGACAACAUCGAUCGCUUUGGAUUCACAAUGUGCGAUUCUACGACCGAUGAGAUCAUAACGGAGCAGAAAGGCGUGUUUCGGACGAAUUGCCUUGAUUGUCUCGAUCGGACAAACUUUGUGCAGGAUAUUCUUUCGCGCACUUCCCUGGAACAGUACCUUGUCCUUGUUCGACGGGAAUGGGUGCACUCGAACUCUCUCUGGUCUUAUCAUCGCGAGCUCUGGGCUGAGAAUGGCGAUGCACUUUCCCGGAUAUACGCCGGUACCGGUGCGCUCAACACGAGCUUUACACGUAGCGGGAAACGUACUCUUGCGGGCGUCUUGUCGGACGCCACGAAGAGUGUGUCCAGAGCAUAUAUCAAUAACUUCCAAGAUAAGGGGAAACAGGUGGCCAUAGAUAUGUUCCUGGGUAACCUCAGCCAUCAAAGGCAAGUCACUGUCUUCGAUCCCAUCCACGACUCAGUGCGUGCUGCUUUGGAACAACGCCUUACCGAAUACUCUUCAACGAAGCAGUGCACCGUGUUCGUUGGUACCUGGAAUCUGAAUGGCAGACCCCCAUCGGAAUCUUUACUCCCAUGGCUAUUUCCUCAUACAGACGUCCCCGAUCCAGACAUGUUUGUAUUAGGCUUCCAAGAGAUCGUCCCUUUGACUGCACAGCAGAUUGUGCAAACUGACCCUGAAAAGAAGCGAAUGUGGGAAGCACGAAUUCUUGAUACUCUCGAUCGGCGACCCAAUAAGAAAUGCGAUUAUGUUCUGCUGAGAAGUGACCAGCUUGUUGGGACAGCUUUGGUUGUUGUUGUUAAAGCAGAACUGACCGCUGUAAUCCGCAGCGUUGAGGCGACCACCCGCAAGACAGGGCUUCGCGGGAUGUCGGGAAACAAAGGGGCUGUCGGAAUCCGUCUUGAAUAUCAUGACACAAGCUUCUGCUUCCUGACUGCUCAUCUCGCCGCAGGCCAUUCUAAUGUAGAGGAACGAAAUGCCGACUACCGGACUAUAGUUAACGAGCUGCACUUCCUGCGAGGGAAAAAUAUUGACAGUCACGAUAAUGUCAUUUGGUUAGCAGACACAAAUUAUCGUGUCGAUCUCGAGAAUACUGUGGCUCGUUCUUUAGCAGAGCAAGGCAGGCUUGACAUCCUACUUGCGGCCGAUCAGCUUAAACAAGUCUUGGAUGAUCGUUCAGCCUUUGGGGGUUAUGAAGAAGGCCCUAUUCUGUUCAAACCCACAUACAAAUACGAUGUAGGCACUGACAAUUAUGACACAAGUGAGAAGAUGCGCAUACCUGCGUGGACCGAUCGGGUCUUGUUCAAGGGCGAGAGGCUAGACCUAUCAAUCUACUCUAGAGCAGAACUCCGAGGGUCUGAUCACAGACCUGUAUACGCUGUUUUCAAGGCUACGGUGCAUGUCAUCAACACCGCCAAACGUGCCGCCCUCUCUCGCCUCCUUUUGGAAACUGUCACGUCAACGGCUCCUGGAGAAAUGCUAGAAGAGAAACUAGCAGGGCUUUCGUUUUCUGCCGGCACCGAUGAACUUCCCCUGCCUAGCUCCGAGGAUCAGGCAUGGUGGGAUACACUAGAUCAUCCAAAUGGCGUGGUUCCCGUUUCCGACACAGUCGCGAGUCACAGUGGGUCCAACAAUCCAUUUGACGAAUCACCGUACGACUCGCCACUUUCGGCAUCCCCGUCGUCCUCGGACGAGGAGUUAUUCAACCACGCCCUUUCGUUGCCAAAUCCCAUGAUCCCAGUGCCCUCUAACACCACUGCACGAAAACCGCCUCCUCCCCCACCUAGAUCAAAGUCUGGUAGCUGAUAUGUGAAGCUUUAGACUUGCAUUCACCUGAUGGAACAGCUCUAUAAUCGCUGAUUGAACAACCAUAUGAUCUGACAAGCCAUGGCAGCCAAUCCAUCGUACAAGAAACAUAGAUAAAGAUCCGCAAGACAAAUGAUUCGACAGAGCACUAAAUAAGUCCCUGCUUCUUCAAGUCUUCAUACGUCUUGCGAUUGUACACGUUACCCUCCUCGUCUUCGAGCUCCUCCAUCGUCUCCUGCUCAAAAAUCUCGUGCCGCCCUUCUUGUUUCAAUUUCUCCGCGAGAGAUAGAGCGUCUUCGAUACGCGUGAUCUCGUGGAAGUGUUUUGUGUUGGGCAGUCCCAGAGCACGCAUGCCGAACGCAUGUCUGGAUUCCUGGAAGUGUCGAUCAAAGUUUUUCCUGCCCAUGUAAAUGUGGUCUGAGCAGAUCUCACAUCGAUACUCAACCCCGAGACCAUGGAGCUUGUACAGCCAAUACGGGAUGGGCUUGCCGUCCCAGCCCAAUGGCAGUUUCAGAGGGUUGUAUAUCCGCUCCUCUUCCUCCUCUUCUUCCACUGGUUCGCCAUCCUUGUUGGUGUUUGCCGGAGGCUGCGGUUGUGACUGUUCCAAUAGCUCCUGUUCGCGCUCACGAGCAGUCAGUGAGAAGCGCCGCUCAACGUUCGAUUUUGUGUCGUUGAGGAUGGGAACGAGUUGAGAGAGAAGAGAAGUAGUAAGGUAUGUUAAGCGGGCAGCAAUGAUGUGCUUAUCCCGGUUGGUAGCAGAAGGGGGUGGCAUCGAGGAAGAUGGAGGGCCGUUAGGAUUGGUGGGCGGCGGUUCGUUUGUAGCUUGCUUGGCAGUCGCCUUGAUGUGUUUCUUGGAAGACAAGUGAGCGUCAUAGACCGUCUGCUUUGAGUACAUCUUCUGGCACGCAGUACACCAGAUGCCCUCUGAGCUACCAUUUCCAUUAGCCUGAGCAUUUCUUGGACUAAUUUCCGACCAGCCCUCAAUCUCUCCCGCCUCCCACUUUUUGUCAAACUCAGCCGCCGUAUCUUUCAAAUCUGAUUCAGUAUCUACAAGCGGCUGCGUCCGACGCAUGAAAGACGUCAGGUAAGUGUGCAAUGAGUGAAUAUACGACUCGUAGUCCUUCGUCAAUCUGGUCUCCUUCGAGAGCUCGCGGUGCACAGGGCCAGAUUCAGCCAACAUCAGAACGUCGAGAUACUGAAGAUAUCCUAACCGCUUGUCGAUCCUUUUGAGAUUGUUGUACGUGGUAUGAUUUGUGUACAGAUCGAGAUAUUUUCCGUAUGUCUCCUCGCCGGAGAACAGCAUGGCGAUCGGAUCUUCUUCGACAUAGUCUUCAUCCAUAUCUUCGGGAGAAACUUCGUCGAGAAACGCGGCCAGCUCGAGUUCGAAUCCAUCUGCACCAGCAUCAGGAUACUUGUUGUGGUGCUCCUGAAUUUUACCCAACCUCGAGUAAAAUUCUGAUAGAUCAUUUUGCCGGUUUGGCGCAGAGAGGGCAUCAAUCUCUGCCUUCCGAACAUCUUCGUCCUGAUAAUGAUUGUUCAAGGUGACGACGCGCGAAGAGAUUCGGUCGAGGAUUUGUGCGGCCUUGUGUUCAUUUUGAAGACGCGUCUGGUGGACAUUCUGUGGACGAGAGAGAAUGGUAUAAAGAGCCCUCUCGAAACGUUCAAUCUCUUCGUGGUUCUGGCGCUGUACUUCGAUGAUAGAGUCCAUGUUGUCGUUGCCGCUGUCGAAG